CGAAACAUUAUCAAUGAUAUCAAUCCCAAAACAAAUUGAAGUUUUGAUAAUGAAAAGUUUUCAGUUCAGUUCUUGCAGACAUUCCAUACGACAUCAUUCAAAAUUAAUUACUUUACGCAAAAUUUCAUUAGCUAGGGAAAGGUGAUAAAUGUAACUGACAUUUUUCAUAUCCAAGAGUGAUUUAUGAACAAUUAAGUGCUGUUAAUCAAAUUUUAAUUGAUUUUUCAACCAUGAAGCUUUAUUAUGCUGACAUUUUACCUCAAUCAAGGUAUAACCACAAAAAAGUUCAUCUAAUCCUUCCGUUUCAGCAGCUUUUAUUCAAUACCUUUCUUAUCAGAACAGCUUUAAUGACAAUCCGUAAUCUCAACAUUGAAGUUGAGCUUAUUCAUGUGAAUUUUUCACGUGGUGAGAACAAGAAUGAAGAGUUUUUGAAGCUUAAUCCAGCCGGGCAAGUUCCAGUUCUUGUUGAAGACGAUGGUUUUAUUUUGACAGAAUCAAGAGCAAUAAUAGCUUAUCUUGUAGCAUCAAGAGAUGAAAACAGUUCAUUGUAUCCGUUGAAUGAUCCCAUCAAAAGAGCUUUAAUAGAUGAAAGAUUACACUUUGAUGCCACAACUGUCUUCCAUAGUCACGUACAAAUUUUGCAUCCAAUGAUUGCCAACAGUGACCCAAAAAUUCCUGAAGAAAAGAAAAAAAUUCUCAGAAAUGUCUUAUCCGUGCUUAAUGGAUUUCUUGACAACAAGAAUUGGUUCACUGGUGAGUCGCCAACGAUUGCAGACUUUUCUAUUCUUUCGAAUCUUAUUGUUAUUUUGUGUGCUGGCAUUCGCAUUGAAAGCUAUAAAAAUUUGUCUGUGUGGUUUUCUCGAUGCAAAGGAUUAACAGGAUUUGAAGAGAACUAUAAAGGAGGUCGAAUGGUGAUGGAGCUUCUAAAGAAGAAAAAUUUGCCGCCUAUUUCGCUUUAAAAGCUAUAAACUUUCUUUCUUUUGUGACAUAAGAAAUAAAAUACAGCUUCAAAUUUUCUUUUUAAUUGUCC